ACUUCCCUCUUUUCCAUUUCACCUUUACACUCUCUCCUUCCUUUUUUUUUUUCUUUCACUAUCCCUUUCGAACUCUCUCCGAUUAGGGCACACGCGAUGCCUCUCUUCCUCUCCGACGAGGAGUUCGCGUGGUGCUCCGGUGACGGCUCUGCCGUGGCCGCGAAGGCCGACGCCUUCAUCCGCGGCCUCUUCAACGAGCUCGACACCGUCCGCUCCAAGGCCCACGCCGCCGACAUCAACGCCGAGCAGAACUGCCUUCUCAUCGAGCAGAAGUAUCUCUCCCUCACCGCCGAGUUCUCCAAACUCGAGUCGAACAUCGCCGAACUUCAAUCCUCUCUCGAUCAGCGCCUCCGCGAAAUCGACGAGGUGCAAUCGCAGAACCACCGAAUCAAAUUGGAAGCGGUUGAGAAAGAUAGGGAGAUAGAGCGGUUGAGGACGGAGGUGGCGGAGUUGCACAAGUCGAAGAGGCAGUUGCUUGAGUUGAACGAGCAGAAGGAUUUGGAGCUAAGUGAGAAGAAUGCAACCAUGAAGAGUUAUCUUGAUAAGAUUGUUCGUUUAAGUGAAAAUGCUGCUCAUAAGGAGGCACGGUUGAGUGAAGUUGAGGCAGAAUUGGCACUGUGCCGGGCUGCUUGCACUCGCUUUGAACAGGAGAAGGAGAUUGUUGAGAGGCAGAAUUCGUGGCUCAACGAGGAGUUGAAUGCUAAAGUUAACAUUGUUUUUGAGCUGCGCAGAAAGCACACUGAAUUUGAAGCUGAUAUGACCUCCAAACUUGCAGAUAUGCAGAGGCAGUUUGGUGAAAGUUCUAAAUCUCUACUGUGGAAUGAGGAUAGAGUGAGGGAGCUUGAAAUUAAGCUUAAAUCUGUGCAGGAGGAAUUAAUUUCUGCUAAAGAUGUUGCUGCAGCGAACGAAGAACAAUUAUCUGCUGAACUUUCCACUGUUAAUAAGCUUAAUGAGCUAUAUAAAGAGAGUUCCGAGGAAUGGUCAAAAAAAGCAGCAGACCUAGAGGGUGUGAUAAAAGCAAUAGAGUCACGCCUAAAGCAAGUUGAAGAUGAUUAUAAAGAGAAACUUGAGAAGGAAUUAUCUGCCAGAAAACAAGUUGAAAAGGAGGCCACUGAUUUAAAAGAAAAGCUUGAGAAGUGUGAAGCUGAAAUUGAGACAAGGAAGAAGACUGAUGGAGUGAAUAAUCUUCCUCUUAGCAGUUUUGCUACUGAACCGUGGAUGGAACCAAUUGAAGCUGAUACCAUGGUUGAGGAAAAUAGCUUGCUACUAGUCCCAAGAAUUCCUGUUGGAGUUUCUGGAACUGCAUUGGCUGCUUCACUUCUGCGAGAUGGGUGGAGUUUGGCCAAAAUGUAUGCAAAAUAUCAAGAGGCAAUUGAUGCAUUGAGGCACGAACAAUUGGGAAGGAAGGAGUCAGAAGCAGUACUGCAACGGGUUCUAUACGAGUUAGAGGAGAAAGCGGAAGCAAUUAUAGAUGAAAGAGUGGAACAUGAAAAAAUGGCUGACUCAUACUCCUUGAUGAACCAAAAAUUGCGAAAAUCCCUGAAUGAAAAUUCCAACUUAGAGAAAACCAUCCAGGAACUGAAGGCUGAUCUGAAAAGGCAUGAACGGGAUUAUAAUCUUGUCCAGAAAGAAACUGAUGACCUUCGAAAACAGGUGACAGUACUUCUGAAGGAAUGCCGAGACAUACAACUUCGUUGUGGCUCAAUGGGAUAUGAUAUUGUUGAUGAUGCUUCAAAUAUUGUUUCAAGGACAAGUACAGAGACUGAAGCUGAACAUGUCAUAUCCGAGCACCUCUUGACCUUCAAGGACAUCAACGGACUAGUUGAGCAGAAUGUUCAACUUAGAAGCCUUGUACGUAGCAUUUCUGGCCAUAUUGAAAAUCAGGAGGUGGAAUUCAAGGAGAAGCUUGAAAUGGAACUCAAAAAGCAUACUGAAGAAUCUGCUUCAAAAGUUGCAGCUGUUCUGCAGAGAGCAGAAGAGCAAGGCCACAUGAUUGAAGCGCUUCAUGCAUCUGUUGCGAUGUAUAAGAGGUUAUAUGAGGAGGAGCAUAAUCUUCAUUUAUCUCAUACCCAUUCCUCAGAAGCUCUUGCAGCUGUUGCGGAAGUUGGAAGAAACAACCUUAAGACUUCAAUUGAAAGUUCACAGGAGGCUGCUAAGAAGUCCCUUGAAAAAGCUGCUGAGCGUGUGAGAUGCCUUGAGGAUGAUUUAGCGAAGUCUAGGAGUGAGAUUAUUGUAUUACGAUCAGAACGUGACAAGAGUGCACUUGAAGCAAAUUUUGCUAGAGAGAAACUUAAUGACAUUAUGAAAGAAUUUGAACAUCAGAAAACUGAAGCCAAAGGCAUUUUAGAAAGAAAUGUUGAGUUUUCUCAGCUGGUUGUUGACUACCAACGAAAAUUGCGUGAAAGCUCUGAGUCAUUGAUUGCUGCUGAGGAGCUUUCGCGGAAACUUACUUUGGAGCUGUCAGUUUUAAAGCAAGAAAAGGAAGUCAUAUCAAAUUCUGAAAAAAGAGCAUCCAAUGAAGUUCGCAGUUUGUCUGAAAGGGUGCAGCGUUUGCAGGCUAGUUUGAGUACCAUACAGAGUACUGAGGAAGUUCGAGGGGAAGCAAGAGCUGCAGAGAGGGUUAAGCAAGAAGAAUAUAUAAAGAAAUUGGAGAGGGAAUGGGCUGAGGCCAAGCAAGAGUUAAAUGAAGAGCGGGAAAAUGUGCGGAGAUUCACAUCAGAUCGGGACCAGACCCUAAAAAAUUCUCUGAGACAGGUUGAGGAUAUGAGCAAAGAGUUAGCUAAUGCAUUGCGUGCAGUUGCAUCUGCUGAAUCAAGGGCUGCUGUGGCUGAGGUAAAACUCUCUGGUCUUCAAAGAAAGAUGGGUUCCACGGAUGACAAGCUUGUCGAAAUAGGUGGAGUGAGUGGACCUUCCACUUUAUCAAGUGAUGAGGUUGUUGCUGAAUUGCAAAAGGCAAAGGACGAAAUUGAAAAGUGGAAAGAGGAAGCUCAUGCCAACAAAGCCCACAUGCUGCAGUAUAAGAGCAUUGCUGAGGUGAAUGAAGAUGCACUGAAAGAGAUAGAAAAGGCGCAUGAGAAGUUUAAAAUAGAGGCUGACAAUGGAAAGAAAGAUCUGGAAUCUGAACUUAAGUCACUAAGAGACAAGAUGUUAGAGCUUGAAAAUAAAUCUUCUUUGAAAUAUGAAGAAGUUGCUUCUGAAACUGUGGGAAAGGAAGAGGCUCUUACAUCUGCUAUGGCUGAAAUCACAAAUCUUAAAGAAGAAAUUUUAACCAAAUCUUCUCAAAUUUCUGCAAUGGAAAUUCAGAUCUCGGGUUUAAAAGAAAAACUGGACAGGGAACAUCAGAAAUGGCGGGCAGCUCAAACCAAUUAUGAAAGACAGGUUGUUCUCCAGUCCGAAACUAUUCAGGAGUUGACAAAAACAUCUGAAGCACUAGCCUUGCUGCAGGAGGAGGCAUCUGAGUUACGGAAACUAGCCAAUACUCAGAAAAUUGAAAAUAAUGAACUAAAGGCUAAGUGGGAAGAUGAGAAGGUACAACUAGAGAAGUCUAGGAAUGAUGCUGAGAAGAAAUACAAUGAAAUCAAUGAACAGAAUAAAAUACUACAUAGUCAACUUGAGGCUUUUCAUAUUCAAUGGGCCGAGAAGGAGCGUAACGCUGCUGGUAUUUCAUCUGGAAGUAGUAGUGCAGAUGCCUUUGGUGAUGCUGGUCUUCAAAACGUGAUUAAUUAUCUCAGACGUUCCAAAGAAAUUGCAGAAACAGAAGUUUCAUUGUUAAAACAAGAGAAGCUGCGACUACAGUCACAGCAUGAGAGUGCUUUGAAGGCAGCAGAGUCUGCACAUGCAUCACUAGAAACUGAGCGUGCAAAAUCAAGAUCAUUUUUGUUUACCGAAGAGGAGUUCAAAGCAUUGCAGCUUCAGGUCAGAGAAUUGAACUUACUUCGUGAGAGUAACAUGCAGCUCAGGGAAGAAAAUAAACACAAUUUUGAGGAAUGUCAGAAAUUGCGUGAACUAGCACAAAAGGUUAGAGCUGAGACAGAGAACCUAGAGAAUCUCCUGAGGGAAAGAGAAAUUGAGCUUCAGCGCCAUAAGAAAGAAAUUGGAACAUUAAAAAUGGAAAAAGAUAAUCUCAAUAAGAAGGUUUCUGAGUUGCUUGAAAGGAGUAAAAAUGUUGAUGUUGAGGAUUAUGAUCGAGUGAAGAAACUUGCUAGAGAAAUCCAGGAUAAACUAAGAGAGAGAGAUGCUCGGAUUGAGGAACUUGGUAAAAGUCUAUCAGAAAAGCAGGAUUCUGUUUCAUGCCUAGAGAAAGAUCUUUCAAACUGCCGAUUGGAGCUAGCAGAGAGAGAGAAGAGAAUUAAUGACAUUCUGCAUAAUGAGGCUAACCUAAAACUUGAUUCGGAGAAGCAUAGGAAACUGCUGGCUCAGUUUAAGAAGAGGAUUGAUGUUUUGUCAAGGGAAAAGGAAGACCUAGGGAAAGAGAACCAACAACUUUCUAGGCAAUUAGAUGAAAUUAAACAAGGGAAAAGGUCAACAUGUGAUACAACAGGUGAACAAGCGAUGAAGGAGGAAAAGGACACAAGAAUACAGAUUCUGGAGAAACAUCUGGAGAGACAGAGAGAUGAAUUAAAGAAGGAGAAGGAAGAGAGUCGUUUAGAGAGAAGUAGACGACUGAAGACUGAAAAGGCCAUAAAGGACUCUUACAACAAUGUUGAACAGGAGAAAAUAAAAUUGAUUAUUGAAAUUGAGAGGUAUAAGGAGUCUCUGAAAAGGUUAUCUGAUGAAGUUGAAAAGCUUAAGAUUGUUAUUGGCAAUCUUCCUGAGGGUUCAAAUGUGGUUCAACUUCUUUCUGGAUCCAAUGUCGAUGACUUUGCUGCUCCUUACAUAUCUGCUGUGGAAAGUUUUGAAAAGGAAGCUCAGUCAGUAUUUCGGGAGCUUGGAGGUCGCGGUAAUCUUGGAGAUGCAGCAACAAUUACGGAUGGUUCAGCCGCUGCUACAGGUUCUCUUGUACAUCCUCAAUCCCAAGGCAUUGCAUCUUUAGCGGCCCCUGGAGUUAGCGGUUUACCACCUAAAGCCACUGGAGAAAGUGAGAAAAGACUUGCAUUACCCAAAGCUAGUGUUGAAACUCGUCGAACAGGUAGGAGAUUGGUCAGGCCUAAACUACUAGAGAAAAGUGAGAAAAGACCUGAGGAGCUUCAAGGUGGUGACACAGAAAUGUCUGAUGCUGAAGGACCUGGGGGCAAGCCUGGGCAGUCUAGUGACACAGAUACUAGUAAUGUUGUUCAAUCAUCUCAACAAUUGGCUCGUAAGCGUGUUGCUCCUACCUCCACUUCUGAAUUACGUGAAGAAUCAGUUGCACCUGGUGAGAAGAGCUCUGAUGUCUUGAAGAAGUCAAAAGGAUCUGAGUCCCUAGAAGAGAAUACAGAAGAACAACCUGCUGCAAUUCUAGAAUUUACUGGCAGCCACCCUGUCACUGAAGAAUUAUUUGAUAGCAGUGACAUGCCCCAAUGCCAAAAUGAGGAGGUUGGUGAAGCUCAAAAUGAAGAUGGUGAAAUUGCUGUCGGGAAUGAUGAGGAAUCCAAAGAUCCACGGCACUUGGAUGGUACUGGUCAAGAGGAAUUACAAGCUGACAAAACUGGAACUUUAGAAGAGAAUCAAGAUCAAUCUGCUGAAACAAAAGUGCUGUCUGAUGAGAUGCAGAGGAAUCAGACAGACCCAGACAAUCAGCAGUCAACAUUGGCGCCCAGUGGUGAGAGAGAAGAGGGAGAAUUGAUGCCAGAUACUGGAGAUCUAGAGGGUGCUAGUGAUUUGUCUAACAUUGCGGAAAACCAAGAAUCUCGGGAAGGUCAAUCUGAGUCUGCUGCAACUCCUGAACGUUCCCCAGCUAGGGUUGAUGAUGAUGCUCUAGAGGCUGGUGAGAUUAAUUCUCCUGAGCUUUCAAGUGAUGAUAAGAAUGAUGAGGGUGACUUGGUAGAGGAGGCUGCUGAUGGUUCUGACAAGUUGAUUGAUGUCAACGAACCAAUAUCAGCUGAGAGCGAUCAAGUGGCUGAGCCUGUUGCGAGUGAGACUGCUACUUCGACAAGCACUGUUGCAGAGAGUAGCUCCUCUAAAGUGAACUUACCUGUUCCAAGGCAAGGGACCCCUAGUGCCCCCGCUGAAACAGAAGAGACAAAGCAGGCAUCACCUGUUGGUAGUACUUCAACAACCAUAAAUUUAUCAGAGCGAGCACGGGAAAGGGCUCAAAUGAGACAGGCUGGGUUGGUUUCUUCUACCCUUAGAGGUCGUGGAAGAGGCGGUGCUCCCCGUGGUCGAGUUGGUCGAGGUAGGGGAGUAGUACGCCGACCACCUCCACCACCUGGCAGUGAUCAAUGAACAACAAAUUCACCGUCUGUGAUUUGACUUAGGGUUGUAAACUUCUCCCUUAGUCUGACGAAGACAGUAUAGACCAGUUAGGUGCAAAUUGGUUAUCAGUUUUCGUCAUGUAAAUACAAUUUUGCUUUUCACUCAUUUCUCCCCUUACCUAUUUAAUUUUGCCUCAAUUUACUUGGUAGGACUUACAUCAUGUUAGAUAUGCGGGAAUUGUGGUUUUAUUUAGCUUUCAUUUCCCGAGGGGGUGUUUAUGUUGGGAAAAAUUUGAAUACCAACGUUGUUUUUCACUCAUUUCAUUUCAUAGAAUCAUGAAUGGGCAUGGAAUCUAUUCUUUGGAAGGUGAUACAUGAAUUCGUUCCAUGGUAUUAGAUAUAAAAGAAUUCACAUUUUUUAUUUAA